AUGAAUAAUAUAAAAGAGACUAACACAAAUUUAAAUGAUGAAAAAAAAAAAGAAUACAAAAAUAAAAUAACAAAUUUUUUUAAAAUAAAAUGUGAAGUAAAAAAAAAGGGAUCAAAUAAUGUUUCAAAUUUUAAAAUUAAUAAUUGUAAUACUUCAAGUGGCUCAUAUUUAAAAAAUAAUGGUAUAGAUGUAAAAGGGACUAUCAUAAAAAAAAAAUUAGUUGAAGAUAAUAUUUUCAGAAAUGAUAAAAAUGUUAGUAAAAAUAUAGAUUUUAAAUAUUCUAAGAAAAGCGAUAAAAAUUAUUCUGAAACUAGAAUGGAAAAACUAACAAAAAAUAAUAAUUCAAUUUUAAUUAAUUCAAAUAAUAAUAAAAAAAAUUAUGAAAAUAUAAAUUUCAAUUAUAUAUCAAAAGAUACAAAAAAUACAUCUAUAUGUGAAACAAAUCUAAAAAAAAAAGAAUUUAAUACAGAUUAUAUUAUAAAAAAUAUAAAACGUGGGAGAAAAAGAAAAAAAAAAAAUGAUGAAGAAAAUAAUAUAAUAAAAAUAGAUGAAAAAAAAGAAAACAAAAAUAAAGACAAUUAUGAUUUAUUUAACUUAUCGAAUAAAAGUAAAAUAAAUAUUGUAGGUGUAAAUAACAGACAAGAAAAUAUAACAAAUAAUUCUGAGUUAAGUGAAAACAAUAUAUAUAUAAAAAAAAAUACAGAAAUUCCUGUUGAAAGUAAAAAAAUACCUAAAUCAAGAAAAAUAUCUUUAGUAAACUUCUUUGGUAAUGAUAUAGAAAUUACAGUUAACGUAAAUGAUGAUAUAAAUUCUGAAAAUGAAACAAGUAGUGAGAAUAGUUUUAAAUUCAUUAAGAAUAAUAAUAAAUUAAAAUGUAAUGAUACAAAUAUAAAAAGUGAAAAAGAAAAAAAAAACUUAGAAUCACUAUAUAGAAGAAAUUCCAUUUCAGAUUAUGAAAAUUAUAAACGUACAAGUUACAGAAAUGAAAUAAAUAAUACAAAAAAUCAAAUCAACAGUAAUAAAAUUAAUAGAGAAAAACAAAUCGUAUUAAAUGAUGAUUUAGUUAGUAAAGAAAAUAUACAUAAUUCUUUAGCUAUUAGCAAAUUCACAAAUGAAAAUAAGAGGAUACUAAAAUCAGAUAAUGAAUUAGAUUCGCAAAAUAUAAAGAGGAAAAAAAAUAAAAGAAUUAGAAAUAGUUGCAUUGGUAUAGGAAUAAAAAAAGAUAAUAAAUAUAUUAAUAAUAAAGAUAAGAGAAGAUCGUGUGUAAAUAUAGAAUUCAAUGAUAAUAUAUACAAAAACGAAAAAAACAACUCAAUUGAAAAUAUAUUACCUAAAAUUGUAAAUUAUAAAGACAAGGAAGAUGAAAAAAAUGUAGAAAAAAAAAGAGAGGAAAUAGAUAGAAAUAAUUUCAAUAACAAUUUUUACGAAUUACAAAAUAUGCAAAAAAAGUUAACUUCAAUUAAAAAUAAUUUUAGAUUAAAUGAUAAUGUAAGUGAUAUAUUAAAUGAAAAGAAAAAAAUAAAAAUUUUAAGGAUUUUAAAUAAAUAUUAUUUUGAUAAGGAAUACAAUAAGUAUAUAAGUUUAAAAAAUAAAAAAGUAAAAAAGAAAAAAAAAAAUACUAUAGAAUUAUUAAGGGAUGGAUCUAACAAGCCUUACACUUUUUUUAUUGCUGGGAAAUUUAUAUUUUUUAGUAAUUUUGUACUAACUAAAAAAUUGAAAGAUAUUGGAUAUGGUAUUACUAAUAAUAUUAGGAGAUGUAAUUCGCUAGUUUUAGGUUAUGAUUUAAGUUCAGAACUUUUAAGAAAAAUUUCAAAUUUUGAUGGAGAAAUUUUUAAUGAAAAACGAAUUAUAGAACAUCUAAAAAUGAAUAUGCAAAAAUAUCUUAACAUUUUUACUCCAAUAAAUAAGAAUAAUGGGAAAAAGUAUAAAUUUUAUUUUAAUGAAACAAACAUAAAAAAUUCUGAUAUUUUUUUAAUAAAUAACAAAUUACAUUAUUUCUGCAAAUGCAUAAGUAAUUUAUUGGAUAUCAUUAGUAUAAAUACUAUAGACAAUAUUAUUUUAAAUGAUUUAAAAAAAAAGUUGAAUAAUUUUUUAUUAUUUUUGCAUAUAUCUAGGAAUAAAUUUCAUUCGGAUAUAAAUUUCAUAUUGUAUUAUUAUAAAAAAAAUUUUACACUUAUAAAUACACUCAAUGAAGAAAAUAUGAGGAGUUUUAUUCUAUUCUUUAAAAAAAUAUGUAAUAUAUUUUCAAAAUGUUAUAUUAAUAAUAACCUUUUAACUUUUGAAAGUAAUAUUAUUAAUGAAAUAGAUUUAAAAAAAGAGGAAAAUUCAGAAGAGUAUGAUAAUACUAAAAACGAAGAGAAUUUAAAAAUACGAGAUAAAAUAAAUGAAGGAAUAAAUGAAAAUAAUGUAAUAAAUAAUAAAAUAAAUAUUACCAAAAAAAAUGAACAAUUAUAUUUUACAGAAAAUAUGGAAAGCAAAAAUUUUGUAAAUAUUCAUAAUAUUUAUAUGAAAAAUAUAACAGAUAAUAAAAUUCCAAAACAACAAAUUUUGAAUAAGGAAAAGUAUGAUAAAAACGAUUUUUUAUUUGAUCAUAUGGCAAUUGAUGAUUAUUUUGAAGAUGAAGAAUCAAAUGAAAUUUCUAGCGACGAAAAAGAAUCAAAUGAUAAUUUAAAUUUGGUUGAAAAUAAAAUUUUACAAAAUAUAAAAAAGAGUGAGAAGCUAAAAAAAAUAGAUAAUUUAUGGAGUAUUUUUUUUACACCUAAUAGCUUAUAUGAAAUAGCUGGACAUAAAAAUGAAAUUUUAAGAUUAUAUAAAAUUUUAAAAAAAAAGUUUCAUGAUCAUAUUAAGAGUAUAAAUUAUGAAAAAGUAGAUUAUAUAAAAAAGGAUGAAGAAAAAAAAAAAAAUACAAAAAAAGAAAUAGAAUCAGAUACAAAUAUCAUUUUUCUAAUUUAUCCUCCCAAUUCUGGCGUAAAAAGAUUGGUAGAAUUAAUUUGUUAUGCAUGUGAUUUAUGUCCUAUUUAUGAAAAUAAAGUGCAAAAAUAUAAAAACAUAAAUUAUUUUUUUAAAUAUACUCAUGGUUUGAAAGCAAUAUCAAUAUACAAUGCAAAUAGAUUAGAUAAAAAUUCCAUAAAUGAAUUAAGUUUGAGAAAUGACGUAUGCAUAUGUUUGUAUGAAGAUAAAAACUAUAUUAUUAACAAUUUUAAUAAUUUUAAUCUACCUUUAUUAGAUAAUAUCAAGCAUUUUCUUAUUAAAUUUUCUUAUCCAUCAAAAAAAGCUCUAUUUUACAGAUGUUUUGCUGUUUCUUCUUGUGUUAUAAAAAACUUAAAAAAAAAAACUUUCAAACUAUUAUUUGAAAUAUGCAAAUUAAAAAAUUGUUCAUAUUCUAUUGAAAGUGUUUAUAGUAAAUUGCAUUUAAUAUCUAUUUAUAUAAAUUAUAUUAUAAAUAAUUAUUCAUAUAAAAAAGAAUUAGAAGAUAAUAAUAAAAUGAAUACAAAUAAUUUAAAAAAGAGUGUAAUAUGUGAAACUAAUGUAAGUAAAAAAAGUUCGGAUUUAUAUAAUGAUCAUAACAACAUAUUAAUUAAUAAAUUAGGAGGGCAAAAGUAUUUAGAAAAUAAAGACGAUUUAUUUUUUCCAAAUAAUAUAAUAUAUGAAUAUAUAACAAACCAUCUUUUAAAUAGAUUUUUAAUUAAUAACCAUGAAGAGAUUGAAUACGCUAUUUUAAAACAAAAUGAUAUGAAUUUAUUGAAAACUAGUAAUUUAAAAAACUUGAGAAAAUUAAAUAAUGAUUAUUAUUUUUACGGAGGAUUUGACUUAGAAGAAAUAAACAAUAUAAUUUAUAAUUGCUUCGACAAACUUUAUAUAAGACACAAAAAUGUAAUUUUAGAUUUUAACAUAAACAAAAAUAGUAGUUUAGAAGACAACAUUGAUUAUUUAUGCAUGAAUGAUAAAUCUAAACAGGAAAGGGAAAAUAUUUUAAUAAAAGUUCUAGAAUUAUUUCUAUACUCUUCUAUUCUAAUAAAAACAAAUGAUAUCAAUAUUUCUUUAAUUGCUAUAGAUAUGGUAGUAUAUUGGAGUACAUUUUUAUAUAUGAACCCAUCUUUUGCAAGAACAAAACAUAAAAAACAAAAAAGAAUUUAUCAAAAUGAAGAAAUAAUAAAUUUAAAUAAUAAUGAUUAUAUAAAUCAAGUUAAAUUAAAAGACCAUUUGAAAAAUAAAAUUGAUAAAUGUAAUAAAAUGUAUUCUGAAAAAAUUAAAAAAUACAAAAAUCUUAUGCUUCUUUUUAGAUUUCCGUUUAAUUUUUCAUCAGCAAAUAUAGUAUAUGAUAUUUUACAAUCUAAUAAAAUUGUCAAUUUCAAUUUAAAAAAAAAUAAGUGA